UAUAAAAUAAUGAAUUGUUAAAUAAUAAACAUAGAAAAUGGCGGCAAGUGUUGAUGAUGUUUGUGAAAAACUGGAUAAUCUUUUUCUACGUUCAUUAGAAUUGAUGGACGAAAAAAUUGCGUUGACACUACAAUUAGAAAAUCAAAUGCGAGAUGGACAUAUAGAAUUAGCAAAAACUCGAUAUAUACGUGGAAAAGAAAGUGUAGGAAUACUUCAAGUACCUCAAGACUCUACGAUAAAUUCAUUAUUUGAUUUAAAAACAAUAUUCAAUGAGGAGAAUACAAAUCAAUCAAUUGUAACUCCACACUUUGACAUCUCCAUGAAAAGUAAAGAGAAUGGUAAUGAUAAUAAUGAUCCUAUUCGAUGGUUUGGUGUUUUAGUGCCUCAAAGCUUGAAGACUGCUCAAAAAAGAUUUCAACAAUCAAUUUAUCUUUCUACAAAAAUAGCAAAUAUUGAUUCAGAACUAGAGAGUAUUCCAAAGGAAUUUAAAGAUUCUAAAAAAUUGAAAAGUAGUUUAAUAAAUGUUGAAGAAUAA